GAGCCGAGCCCUGGGGCUGCAAAUCCAGUCAAAUGUCACCCCCGCUGGGCUGUCUCAGGAUGUUGGACCACGACGGUCAUUUCCUGCCGGGAAGUGGCCACCAAGCCCACCCCGAGCUCCGCUCUCCAGAGGCGCGAGAGCCGCUGAGCUGAGAGGAUCCCUGAGCUCCCGAGCAGCCCCUGCACAGCCCUCGCUCUGCUGCCGCACCGGGAUGGCUGAGAUGACCACGACCCCCACUGAGACACACACUGUGCCGAGUGAGUAUGGGGACUACCACAACUGGUCCGAGCUGUUCCACCUCCUGAACCACACCUACACCUACUGCGAGUUCAGCCUGGACGAGAACAUCAGGCGGGUGAUCCUUUUCAUCCUUUACCUCGUCAUCUUCGUGGUGGGCUUGGUGGAGAACCUCCUUGUCAUCUGGGUCAACUGGCAGACGCGGGGCAACAAGAGCUUGGUCAACCUCUACAUCAUCAACAUGGCCAUCGCCGACCUGGGGGUGAUGCUCUCGCUGCCCAUCUGGAUGCUGGAGGUGAUGCUGGAUUACACCUGGCUCUGGGGCAGCUUCCUCUGCCGCUUCACCCACUACUUCUACUUUGCCAACAUGUACGCCAGCAUCUUCUUCCUCACCUGCCUGAGCGUGGAUCGCUACGUGUCCCUGACCAGCUCCUCCCUCUUCUGGCGCCGGCACCAGCACCGCGCGCGCCGCAUGGCCUGCGCCUGCAGCUGGGUCCUGGCCGUGUCCAUCCCCUUCCUGGAGGUCGUCCACAUGCAGCUGGUCAACACCGGGGAGCCCAUCUGCAUCUUCAUGGCCCCCUUAGAGACCUACGACGAGUGGGCGCUGGGGGUCAGCUUGGCCACCACUACCAUCGGCUUCCUCGUCCCCUUCCCCGUCAUCGCCAUCUUCAACGUGCUGACCGCCCGGUUCCUCCGGCGCACCAAGCCGGAGAGCCGGAGGCACUGCCUGCUCAUCUACGCCUACAUCGCGGUCUUCCUCGUCAGCUGGCUGCCCUUCCACGUCGUGCUGACGCUGCUCGCCCUCGACGGCACCCACAUCAUCCUCAACUGCACCUUCGCCCAGUUCCUCUACUUCUUCUACGACGUCGUAGACUGCUUCACCAUGCUGCACUGCGUCGUCAACCCCGUCCUCUACAACUUCCUCAGCAAGAACUUCCGCAGCAAGCUCGUCUCCGCCGUGGUCAGGUACAUCCCCAAGGACCACGGCGCCCAGAAGGGCGCUGGCAACUCCUCCUCCACCACGCAGCACUCCAUAGUCAUCUCGAAGGACAACCACCCCCCCAACUGAGCGGGGACGGACUCUCCCACCCCCCGUGGCAGCAGCAGCGGCUCCCUGGGGACACUGGGAUGGGUUUUCCUGGUGACGAGGAGACACUUUGCUUUGGCACAGCCUCUCUUGGCCGGGCAGGGCAGGGUGCCAGGCACGAGGGGAGGUGGUGCAGGAGCUACAGACACCUUUCCCCUGGAGUGCUGCUGUGUCAGAUCUAUUUAGCCGAAGAAAGAGUCAGAGAAAGAGAGAUUCCCUGUUCCCCAAAGAAAAUCUUCGCAGUAAUAAAGUAGUGAGUUGCUUCACUCAGGGUCCAACACAACCCCACCCCUGGGAUUUGACCCCCGUGCCCC